GAGUUUGUGCAAAAAAAAAAAAAUCAAACAGCAGGCUGGAGCCACUCUAAACAAAUCAAAUUUCUACCUUCAACCACAUGUUGAGUUGUGUUAAUUUGGAUUGAGUAUUGCAAGUUUAUUUAACAAUAAUAUAUUUAAAAAAAGCCGCUGAACAAAACAUGGAUCAACUUAUAACAUCUAUGCUUAAAGAACGUAAAAGUCGUGUUCUUGGAUUGCGUUUACUUAUAUGUUACCUUAAGAAAAGCUACAUUAAGCUAGGAGGAAACGAACAUAUUUGGGUGUCAUUAAUAUUUCAAUCAUGUAAUUUGUCAGAGUUACGUAUGUAUGGUGAUCUUAUAUUCUCAGCAAUGGCACUUUUAAUAGACAGAAUCCAGAAAGAUCCUAAUUUAUCAAAAGCUUUUGCGGCCUUUCAUUUAUUUAAAGUUUUUGAAUGUUUAUCUCUAAAAGAAAUAUUCAAAAACGAACGGUGCACUAUUGCUCUUUUACAUACAAUUAAACGCUGUCUAAAAUACUACCCAAAAUCAACAAAACCUGGUACUUCAUCUAUUGAAGAGUUGUUAAUAACACUAAUAGACAGCAAUAAUGUUGAUGUUGUUCAUCAAACUGGCCAGUGUUGGCUUUUGUUACAGAAUAUACAUGGUAACUCCAGAAAUGAAAAAAAUAAUAAUAAAAUUGUAUGGAAAGAUUUCCAAUUAUCUUUACUCAACAACCUUCAAUAUAUCAUAAGCACAACAAUACUUGCUUCUGAGGAAACUAUUAUCAGCCCUUAUAAAGCAAAAAGCUUUUCGCUUUUUACUUUUAAAAACGUUAAGGAUCCUUUUGAAAGGGCAUCACAAACUUUUCAACGAAUUUUUAAUCUUAUUGAAUAUUUUAAAAUUGCAUUAAGCAAACCAUUUCCAAUUAGAAAGUAUAUUUGCACUGAGCAAAUAUUGGGUUUUAUACAGAAUGGACUGAACAUACGUGUUAACCAAAUAAAUCUUUUAAGAAUUGAUCGUGCAUGUUUCGGACCUUUUUUAGAGGAAAUGCACAUUAAACUUAUGGAACUUUUGGAAAUUCUCAUUAACGUAUGUCGUACACACCUUAGGAUGGACUUUCGGAUCAUCUUGAAUAUUUUAAUGGAUGCUCUCGAAAGGACAAAAUCAGUAGCAAAUCCAAACCAAGUUAACCGUUUGCGACCAAUUGUGUAUAAAGUAAUAUCAUUAUGGUGCUCUACUCUACAAGAAGGAAGUCACUGUGAAAUUAUUGCGGAGACCCUUGUUAAGGAAAUAUUUGAUGACUUAGUUCCGCGUCAGCCAACUUCAUUAACAUGUCAAGGCAACUCAAAUUUAAAACAAAAUUGUUCAGCUAUAAACAUAUUUUCGAUGUUGGAGAUGUCGUUCGAUGAUGAAGAUAAUUAUAAGCUUUGUCAGCAAGCCCAUUUUUGCCUGCAAAAACUGUUAUCAUCGUCUGGUCCCUUGCUAAAACCAUCUCUUUUAAAGGACGUCCACAAUACCUUAUUGGAAAUUUUUAUUCAAAUAAAUUUAGAACCGCUGAAAAAGCCAUAUUCACGUAACAUCUGGAAUAUUCGUUUGGAAGUUUACAAAUCUUUCGUAUCUUUAUUAAAAUCACGUAAUUUUGGUUGCCCUGUGCCUUCCGAAAUAAUAAUCACACUUUUAGACCAAUCGCUUUUAUACGAAAAUAGUACUACACUUCGGUCACAAUACAACUUGAAAGUGCUGGAAUUAAUGCUUCAUCCUCAGAAAGCGGAUAUUCAGCUUACAAAAUUUUUUGAAAAUUUAAAGAUCACAACUUCUCCCCAUACAAAAAUGUCUGAUUCUGAAAAUUCAAAAUGUAAAUCACUCAAAGAAAAAGAUCAAUUAAACAUUCAGUUGGUUAAAAAGAGUUAUCAAAAAAGAAAAGAACAAGUUUUUGAACAAACUGGCAAUGAAUCCAAUAAUAUUAUGAAGGACAAUUUCAGUGAAACACAAUGCUCAAAAAAAAUAAAAAUCGACCUACAGGAUCAAUUUAAUACUAAGAUCGAUAAUAACUCAUUAAAUAUACAAAAAUCCUUUGAAAAAAAGAUUACAAAUCGUUUCGAAAUAAUUGAAGAGAAUAAUUAUAUCGAACUACCUCCGCUAGACGACUCAGUACAAAAUAUCAAGGAGAUAUCAAAAGAAUCUUUGCACAUUUUGGGAAACAACAGCUUAGAGAGUUUUGAAAAAAGUGCUCCAGGAAUGUUCAAGGACAAUGAUAUUUAUGCUGACUUACCAUCUUCCUAUUGCUGUGUUAAAAAAUUUGAAAAUCAAUUGCCUGUGGAUUUAGUAAAAUUAGAUGAUGAUAAAAUGAUAGCGGACUUGGAAGCAAAAUUCGUUGAUGAACUUAAAUAAAACAUAGUUAUUGGUU